CCUACAAAGAGAAGAUGAAGGAGCUCCCACUGGUGUCCUUGUUCUGCUCCUGUUUUCUGGCCGAUCCUCUGAAUAAAUCAUCCUAUAAAUACGAAGGCUGGUGUGGGAGACAGUGUAGGAGGAAAGAUCAAAGCCAGCGGAAAGACAGUGCUGACUGGAGAGAAAGAAGAGAGCAGGCAGACACAGUGGACCUGAACUGGUGUGUAAUUUCCGACAUGGAAGUCAUUGAGCUGAACAAAUGUACCUCGGGCCAGUCCUUUGAAGUCAUCCUGAAGCCACCUUCCUUCGAUGGGGUCCCCGAGUUCAAUGCCUCCCUACCCAGGCGGCGAGACCCAUCACUGGAAGAGAUCCAGAAGAAACUAGAAGCAGCUGAGGAGCGAAGAAAGUACCAGGAAGCUGAGCUCCUGAAACACCUAGCAGAGAAACGAGAACACGAGCGGGAGGUGAUCCAAAAAGCCAUUGAGGAAAACAACAAUUUCAUCAAGAUGGCUAAGGAAAAACUGGCCCAGAAGAUGGAAUCCAAUAAGGAAAACCGGGAGGCCCAUCUUGCCGCCAUGUUGGAACGGCUGCAAGAGAAGGACAAGCACGCGGAAGAGGUGCGGAAAAACAAGGAGCUGAAGGAAGAGGCCUCCAGGUAAAGCCCAGAGGCCAAAGAAGUUUCCAGAACAGCCGGACAGCUCCAGCAGCUCCGCAGUUCCCGAGGCAGCCUCGUCCGCCGCGGGCUGCUCUCCCAGCA